AUGGGUGAAUCAAACUCCAAAAUUCAAGAAACUAACGAAAACUUUCUUAAAAACUUCCAAAAAUAAUUCGUUUUUGUCCAAGAUCACCUAGACAAUCGUUUCGGCCGAGUAAAAAUCUACCAAUCAACACUCUAAGAAGGCAUGUAUAUUGCCUAAAAGAAGACAUUUUCAUAUAAUAAAGAGGAGAUUUAGCAAUAUUUAGAUACAAAAUUGAAGCAAAAUCUCCAUUAUGACUCUCCUUUUCUCCUAAAGUUAUACUCAUAUUAAACCCACGAUGACUCUGCAUUUAUUUGUGGCUCAGUCAAUGAUAUUGAAACUUAUCACGAAUUAAAGUAAAUCAGAUUGUUUUCAAAUAGCAAUGACAAUGUUAUAUUGUGCGACUUUACAAACUCAAUCAGUAUGUUAUGA